UAUGAGAUGUUAUGAUAAAUACUUGUCGUACAGAGACAAUGUUGCUUUGCUCAAAAAACUGGUGCAAUAACGACGUCGACGACGACAAGGAGAACCAUAAAUCGGUGCCGGUGUACCUGAAUGUCUACGAUCUGACUCCAAUCAAUGUCUAUGCUUAUUGGCUUGGUCUCGGAGUUUAUCAUUCCGGUGUUCAAGUUCAUGGUGUUGAGUAUGCAUUUGGAGCUCAUGAGUUUCCAACAACUGGAAUCUUUGAAGCAGAACCGAAGCAUUGUGAUGGGUUUUCAUUUAGAAAGACAAUUUUGAUUGGGAAAACAGAGAUGGGGCCUGCACAGGUGAGAGCAGUAAUGGAGGAGCUAGCAGAUAUUUAUAAAGGAAAUUCAUAUAAUUUGAUUACUAAGAACUGCAAUCACUUCUGCAAUGAUGCUUGCGUUAGACUGACAGGCAAUCCAAUCCCAAAUUGGGUCAAUCGCCUCGCCAGGAUUGGAUUUCUCUGCAAUUGUGUUCUUCCUGCAACUUUGAAUGCCACUAAAGUCCCUCAUCACAAAAUGGAAGAAAAGCCUAGUGAAGGAGAGACAAAGAAAUUGACCAGUGGAUCCAACAGAUUCACUUCUUCUAAUUCCUCAUCUUCAUCAUCAUCUCCGGCUCAAACUCGCGGUCGGAGUAGAAGCAGACGACGUGCUCUUCCACCGUCUUCACCAUUGAUGAUUGGUUCUUCAUCAUCUUGACUGUCCCAAGUCUGGAGAUCCAAUUUUCUGAUUUUUCUGGAAAUCCUUGAUCAAUUUUUCUAUUCCAAUUCUUUUGUCAAUGUGCAUGCUUUCUUGUCUUCUGGCAAGUGAUGUUAUUUAUCAAAGCUUAUUUUUUGCUUUCUAUUUGCCAGCAAUGGCGAAUUUGUAUUUAAUGGACUUAGCAAAUUAAGCCUGGGAAUCAAUCAUGAUAUACACAUCUUUUUGUGA